AUGAGCUUCGUUGCGUCCUCGCCUAUCAUCUCCACGCUCUUGUUGUAUCUUGUGUAUUUACUUCUUCACUUUACCUAUCCGUCGCGUGUCAGCAGUGUUACCAAAAUGGGCCUAAAAGACAAACUUCUAAAGAUCAAGUACUACCUCACCGGUGAGCCUAUUAAGGGCGAGACCUACAAGGACGCUCCUAGAGUGCAGGACCUUCCCCACAUGAAAGAUGCGGACGGAAACUUGAUUGCUGUGUCCUCGGGCGACCGUGAGCUUUCGCCUGUUUUGAGUGCCAAGCUAAACAUUCAAAACUCCCACAGGAGACCAGACCCAGAGGGUGACGACACCAUCGAGGGCGCACUCUCCAAAUAG